AUGUCCUCAAAUGAUGUGUGCGCUCCCACCCCCUGUGGCCCAACCCCACUGGCCAACAGCUGCAACGAGCCCUGUGCCCAGCAGUGCCAGGAGUCCACCUACAUCAUCCAGCCGCCUCCUGUGGUGGUGACCCUGCCUGGACCCAUCCUCAGCUCCUUCCCUCAGAACACCGCUGUGGGAUCCUCCACCUCCGCUGCUGUGGGAAGCACCCUCAGCUCCGAGGGAGUGCCCAUCUCCUCCAGCAGCUCCUCAGGAUUUGGGAGCUUUGGUUAUCACAGCCUGGGGAGCGGGUACAGCCGUCCCAACCGCCGCUACAACACCUACCGCAGCGGCUUCAAUGGGCCGUGCUAG